AAAGCUCAUGCGGAAAACGCAGUAGCCAACUGCCCCUCCUUUUUCUUUCUAUAAACUCAAAUUACUCACUUUUUCUCUUCAGUGUCACCAGCCCUCUUCUUUCUCACCGGUAACCAAACCAGAAGAAAAAUCUCUCCUUUUUUUUGCAUAAAGAAGGAACAAUUAUUAUUAAGGAUUUCAGGCUGAGAGCUCCAUUUAAUUUCUUCAAGUUUUCUGCUAAUGGCGAAGACGAAGGAAUGGGGAAGAAAGGCUAUUUUUGUUCUUUUUCUCUCACAUUUUGUUUUGAGUAUUGAAGCGUUGAAGAUGGAAGGGAGACGCAGCGCUGAAAGGAUAUCAGGCAGUGCUGGUGAUGUUCUUGAAGACAACCCUGUUGGAAGACUAAAAGUCUUUGUUUAUGACCUACCAAGCAAAUACAAUAAGAAGCUUGUUGAGAAGGAUCCUCGAUGCCUAAACCAUAUGUUUGCGGCCGAAAUUUUCAUGCACCGCUUCUUAAUUUCGAGUCCGGUUCGAACCAUUGAUCCCGACGAGGCCGACUGGUUCUACACGCCGGUUUAUUCUACGUGUGACUUGACUCCUAACGGCCUUCCCCUGCCGUUUAAAUCCCCAAGAAUGAUGAGAAGCGCUAUUCAACUUAUCUCAACAAGGUGGCCUUAUUGGAAUAGAACAGAAGGAGCUGAUCAUUUUUUUGUUGUUCCUCAUGAUUUUGGUGCGUGCUUCCAUUAUCAGGAAGCGAAGGCGAUAGAACGAGGAAUUCUUCCAUUGCUUCGACGAGCAACUUUAGUUCAAACAUUUGGACAAAUGAAUCAUGUAUGUUUGAAGGAGGGAUCUAUAACUAUUCCCCCAUAUGCUCCACCGCAGAAGAUGCAAGCUCACUUGGUUCCUCCCGAAACUCCUCGUUCAAUCUUCGUUUACUUUCGAGGCUUAUUUUAUGAUGAUAGUAAUGAUCCUCAAGGCGGAUAUUACGCAAGAGGUGCCAGGGCAUCCGUAUGGGAGAACUUCAAGAACAAUCCUCUCUUCGACAUAUCCUCACAGCAUCCCAUCACAUACUACGAAGACAUGCAGAGAUCCGUGUUCUGCCUCUGCCCCCUCGGCUGGGCUCCGUGGAGCCCUAGACUCGUCGAAGCGGUUGUUUUCGGCUGCAUUCCGGUGAUCAUCGCCGACGAAAUAGUCCUCCCCUUCGCCGACGCGAUCCCGUGGGACGAAAUUGGGGUUUUCGUCGCGGAAGAUGAUGUUCAGAAGCUCGAUACGAUCCUCACAUCGAUACCUCUGGAAGUCAUAUUGAGGAAGCAGAGAUUGCUCGCGAAUCCGUCGAUGAAGCAGGCGAUGUUGUUCCCUCAGCCGGCUCAAGCAGGCGAUGCGUUUCACCAGAUCUUGAAUGGGCUCGCGAGGAAGCUCCCGCAUGGUGAGAAUGUGUAUAUGAGAGAAGGGGAGAAGGCUUUGAAUUGGACCGCGGGUCCUGUGGGAGAUUUGAAGCCUUGGUAGGGGUGAAGGGGGUUUUUGCAAUUUUUUGGGGAAUUUACAUCUGUAGCACCCGCAUUUACUCAUUUUAUACCAAAAUUUCGUUUUUAUAAACACAGCAUCUAACUUAUCACUCAUUAUGCUUUUCAAAACAUAGAUAAAAUAUUGUGUUUGCAAAAAUCUAAAUUUUGGUGUGAGAUAUGUAAAUACAUAAGAAUUGGAUGCUGCCAGCGUAAACAAUUUUCAAAUUUAAAAUUAUAUGUUUUUAGUGGGGAAGUUUAUAUAUGUAGCACUUGAUUCUUGUCAUGUGUAUUUAUAUAUCUCACAUCUUCAUGUUUAGGGUAUAUACGUAUGCAUAAGAAAAUGAUAAUGGUGCUUUUUUGAAGUAAUGUUAAAGGAUUUGUGUGAUAUGUGUAAAUAUAAAAGUUUAGGGGUGAGGUAUGUAAAUACAGAAGAAAUGUGUGACUUUUAUGUAAAUGCUACUAUUUGUUUGAUUAUCCCAGCCAAUUUUUAUUUGGGGGCAUUUGCAUGCAUACCGCCCAAUAUAAUGAAUUUAAUUAUCCAAUGCUUAAAUUUUAUUUUAU